CUGAACAAAUGGCAGCCACUCGCAUUUUCCCAGCGAGAUCCGUUUCGGUCAGGUGGAGACCAGGUACAAAAAUGUGGAGAUUCCUACUGAUCUGUAGUAUUCAGCUGAUUUGCGCCUCCGAACACAGCGGCGAAGGUUUCGGCGGAGGAGGUGAUGGCCACUACGGAGGAAGUGGCAGCGGAGGCAGCGGCGGUGGAGGCGACUUCCAUCACCACACUCCCACCACAUAUUCGGAGAUCUCCAAGCACGUGCCCGUGCACGUGAUCGAGAAGGUGCCACUUCCCAUUCCGCAUCCCGUGGCCGUCCAGGUGCCGAACGUGAUCCGGCUUCAAAUACCGGAGCCCUAUGCCGUCCACGUUCCCGUCCAGCAGGAGAUCCAAAUACCUGUCUACAAAAUAGUCCCGGAGAUCACUGAGAAGAAAAUCCCCUACACUGUGGAAAAACCGUAUCCGGUGGAGGUGGAGAAGCCGUAUCCCGUUGAGGUGAUCAAGCAGAUUAAGAUCCCGGUGCCGAAACCCUAUCCGGUUCCUAUCACCAUCUACAAGCAUGUCCUGCAAAAGGAGCACGGUUGGUAGCGGCUCUAAUCUAUAUUAGUAUAUAGUUGUGUAAGUAUUUGGAUGCCAGCUCUAGAUCGAAGAGUAUUAUCUUAAAAAGUAAAUAAUUAAAAACUGAUUUUAAGAUUA